UGGGGUUAGAACCGAAGGUUCCUUCUGCUCGCCCCUGUCUUGACCGUUCUCCAUCUUUGGCUCCGUGGUACGGUCGACGGGCAUCGAAGACAGAAAUGGCUUUAUUAUCUCUACGUUUAGCUGCCUCCGCUGCGAGGCAGCUGCCUAACGCAACUGUUCAGGUCAACUGGCCAAUCAUCGGAUUUGCUGCUCGUAAAUAUCAUGUAUCAUGCAGUCGUCGCUCUGCCGAGAUCUCUUCCAUCUUGGAGGAACGCAUUCUUGGUGCUGCACCCAAAACAGACUUGGAAGAAACUGGUCGUGUAAUGAGUAUUGGUGAUGGUAUUGCCCGUGUUUACGGUCUGAAGAACAUCCAGGCUGAUGAGAUGGUGGAAUUCUCCUCUGGUCUGAAGGGUAUGGCCUUGAAUUUGGAGCCUGACAACGUUGGUGUUGUAGUAUUCGGUAAUGAUAGGCUGAUCAAGGAAGGAGACGUCGUCAAGCGUACUGGAGCCAUUGUUGACGUUCCUGUUGGAGAACAACUGCUAGGACGUGUAGUAGAUGCUUUGGGUAACGCCAUUGACGGCAAAGGAGCUAUUGACGGCAAACUCCGUUUCCGUAUUGGUACCAAAGCCCCUGGUAUCAUUCCCAGAGUUUCCGUACGUGAGCCUAUGCAGACUGGAAUUAAGGCUGUAGACUCGUUGGUACCAAUUGGUCGAGGUCAGCGUGAGUUGAUCAUUGGUGACAGGCAGACCGGAAAGACUGCUCUGGCCAUUGAUACCAUUAUCAAUCAACAACGAUUCAAUGCUGGUGCUGAUGAGAAGAAGAAGUUGUAUUGUAUCUACGUCGCCAUUGGUCAGAAGCGAUCUACUGUCGCCCAGAUUGUCAAGCGACUCACUGAUGCCGGUGCAAUCAAUUACACCAUUAUUGUUUCUGCCACUGCUUCUGACGCCGCCCCACUCCAGUACUUGGCUCCAUACUCUGGUUGCGCCAUGGGAGAGUUCUUUAGGGACAAUGGAAAACACGCUCUGAUCAUCUACGACGAUUUGUCGAAGCAAGCCGUUGCCUACCGUCAAAUGUCUCUACUUCUGAGGAGACCCCCUGGCCGUGAGGCUUACCCUGGUGAUGUAUUCUACCUCCACUCCCGUCUCUUGGAGAGAGCAGCCAAGAUGAGCGAGGCUCAUGGCGGAGGCUCACUUACGGCUCUUCCAGUCAUUGAAACUCAGGCUGGUGACGUAUCUGCUUACAUCCCAACCAAUGUCAUUUCCAUCACUGACGGUCAAAUCUUCUUGGAAACUGAAUUGUUCUACAAGGGUAUUCGCCCAGCCAUCAACGUCGGUCUCUCCGUGUCCCGUGUAGGUUCUGCUGCGCAGACCAAGGCGAUGAAACAGGUAGCCGGAUCUAUGAAGCUUGAGCUUGCGCAGUACCGUGAGGUGGCUGCUUUUGCCCAGUUUGGAUCUGACUUGGACGCUGCAACCCAACAGCUGUUGAACCGAGGUGUCAGACUCACAGAACUGCUGAAACAGGGGCAAUAUGUACCCAUGGCCAUUGAAGAGCAGGUAGCAGUUAUCUACUGUGGUGUCCGUGGAUACCUAGACAAAAUGGACCCAGCCAAAAUCACUGCCUUUGAGAAGGAAUUCCUCGCCCAUAUAAAGGCGAGUGAAAAGGAAUUGUUGGCGACCAUCGCAAAGGAGAACCACAUCAGUGAAGCUUCGGACGCGAAAUUGAAGAAGAUUGUCACAGACUUCCUGGCUUCUUUCGCCGCGUAGGUUAAUAUUCAACACCAGACAUCAGUUCAAAGCCAUCACUAGCUAAGUAACCACUCGUCUUAGGUUGCGCUCUGCAAAUAACUGGUCCAGAUACCGUGUACUUUUGUUCAUUUUUUAUAUGAAAAUACAUGUUAUUUGCGCCCUGUUGGCAGCCGGUAUUAAGAGAUUAGAUUUGUAAUAUAACUGAUCGAAAAAGGUUUAACGAGGAGCCAAUCCUGCGAGAACCAAGUGAAGAUACACAAGAAUUUGAUAAAAAAAAAAUAAUUCCACAUUCGAACGAUAGACAACACGAUAGUCAAACAAAUACAUACUGUACGUUACAUGUUGGACUUUAAUAAAAUGUAAAGUAUCCACUA